UGUAUACCAGGGUGACGUGCCCGUCGGAGGAGGGGGUUUUCAGCUGUUUCGGUUUCCCGCCAACGACCCGGCCGCCAUAACAAAACGCAACGAGGGGUCGUACGUAUGUCCUCCUGCUCUGCGGACCUCUGUGUACACUGUUGGAAGUGAUAUUAGCAUUUUUCUACGGUAUCCGUGCUAUCGGGCACUUUUUGUUUUGUUUAUUUUAAUUUGCCACUACGGACAGUCGACCGGAACCAGGGCCGUGAGUGCGGGCUUCUAUUUAUCGAAGACACGUGAAAUGGCGUCUCUUGGGAGGGAGGAGAAAAUACGAAUCGAGGAUAUCCACCAGUACGAAGAGGACAUCUCGAGCUACUGCAGUUUGAGCGGCGAGAGAUCCGAAUCGCCGGUGAGCGCGAGAGUCCACCACAACGGAAGUUCCGCGGCCGGGGCGGGGAUGGAGCAGGAGAAGAGGAUCCGGAGGGAAAUCGCCAACUCCAACGAGAGGCGGAGGAUGCAGAGCAUCAACGCCGGCUUCCAAUCCCUGAGGACGCUCCUGCCGCAUCACGAAGGAGAGAAGUUAAGCAAGGCUGCAAUCUUACAACAAACUGCGGAGUACAUAUACCAACUAGAACAAGAAAAGACAAGACUUCUGUCGCAGAACUGCCACCUCAAGAGACUACUUAACCAACAUGAAGGCGAAGCUUCUGCAAACAAAAAGAGAAAAACUGAUUCAGGUUUGGUGGUUACAGUGAGCAAUCCGAUUUGUGAAUCUGGGGACGAGGGAGCCGAUAUCGUAGCAGUCGCUCAACCCACCAUUACACCAAAUCUUGAAGUCGAUACCAAUGUCGUCUCUGGGGCGACGAAUGAUUUGAUAGAUGUGAGGGUGCAGCUGGACAGGGAGAGGCGACUGCGGAUGAUCCUCGAAGAGCAAGUCAGGUCCCUCGAAUCUCAACUGUAUCCUGAACGGAUCAGGGAAAUAACUCAGCAAGUACAGCUCCAGUACCAGCAGAGAGAGGAAGAAGAGAAUGGAGCUGUGAUAACGCCGAUGCGACGAGAAGUUUUGAACGGCUCGGCAGAGACGGUGGCGGCAGUUGCAAAUCUGCAGGUCGUCUCUGCAAACUCCCUCCAGCCUGUGGCUCACACCGAAACGGUGAUCGCUACGGUGACCAACUCCCCGCCUAACUCGCCUUCUUCGAGGCUGCCUUCGAUCCUAGAAGCCGCGAUCAAGGCAGAACCGAAGGUCGAGGUCGAAAGACUGCCCUCACCACAUGCAGUCGCUACCACUCAAGAAGAGCGAAUGUCCCAAGCGAGGGUUUAUCUUGCUUCGACAUCGCGCCAGAACCUCGAGACGAUCGUUGAAGCAAUACGCCACUUGGAGGGCGACAACCUGUUCAGCGAUAGCGUGAACGAAGGCGGGUCGGAGGGCGUGGGCGACGAGCCGCAAGAGGCGCCGCUCGCGCUCACGAAGCACACCUCUCCCGAGAAACAGCAGUUGAUUAAAGUCAAGAUGAACCAGUACCUUCAAUUCCAACAACAGCAGAGGCCUGGCGUCAUCGUAGUCAAACAGCAUACGUGAUCCGAUCACUAAGCCAAACUUCCUGUUCCCAACAUCCUCUAGACAAUUCCAACCUUUCUUCGUUUUGAGCCAAGCUGAAAGAUUUUGCAUACAAAACACUUGGUUUAGCUUAAGUGGAGUUACACGGUUAAAUGUAAUGUGUAUUAUACUUUUUUCUUUUAUUAUAAAAAUGUGUUAUUUUCA